UCUCAUAUCUUGUCUGAUAUGCCAAACAUCCUAUGUUACAAAAAGUGAUUCAUUCCCAUCAGUUAGUCUGUUAUAUUUUACAAGAUAUUUCAAAACUUUCCUCGUUUGAACCCCAAAUCAUUGGUUUACUUACUGCACCACAUUAAAAGGUUGUUUAUAUAAACCAAAUCUGCUACUCAUCCUCUUCCCACAGAAACUCGUUUUCAACUACCCUUCCAUCCAUAUCUGAUCAAGGAAACCUCCCUUUGUUCCUUUCAUUUUCAUUGCAAGAAUCAUUCAAGUUUGAAAGAUUUCAUUAGCACUAGAAAACCCACUUUCAAUGGACUCAGGAUCCUCCUCAUACACAACUUUCAUCCUUAGAGUGGAUACUCAGACUCCAGGUUGGGAGAAGUCCAUGAUCAAAGUUUUGAAGGGAAUUCCAGGUGCCACUUUCUCCAUUGAUGCAAAUGGUUUGGCUCGUGUUUCUGGUAACAUAGACCCUGGCAAAACUCUCAAGCUGCUAGCGAAAGCAGGGAAACAUGCUCAAAUGUACUGGAUUGACUCUGGAACCAAUCAACCAGCGGCAGAAAGGAGAGAUCAUCACCAUCAUUUUGAUGAUCCCCAAGGAAGAUAUUGGCAAGCUAACCAUCAGUACUACCAUCCUUAUCCAUUUCCACCUCCUCAGUAUCUUCCCCCGCCACCUUCAAUGCUACCGGAACACUUUUAUGCCGGAGAAUCUCAGUGCAUGAUUAUGUGAAUAAUUAUCCGACCAAGUCAUGCUUGAGUUGUUUUACUAGUUCAUUAGGAUUUUGGUUACUUGCCAUCUGGUACUUAUUAUUAGAAGUACUUGCAUCCUUGGUGGAGAUUUUUUCAACUUCACCAUUGGAAAUGGAAAUAGAGUAUUGUUUCCUUUCAUGAUUUAAUGAAAUGAAUAAUAUGAAGUUCAUACAUGUUACCCUCAAGUCUCUCCAAAGUCAA